AUGUUACUAGAAGCUCUGAGCUCUCCUUAUGUAUAUUCAAACGUUCUAUUUAUAAUUGCUGGUAUCUCAUUUCCCAUUCACUUAUUUGGCGAGUAUUGUAUCCUAUUUAAAACUCCGAAAGUCAUGAAAUCAGUGAAAUGGAGUCUAUUUGAUGUACACCUAUGGUCAUCACUAAUGGAUUUGUUCUUGAGUUUCUUCGUUCAACCAUUGGCAUUUUUUCCAGUGAUGGCUGAAUUUCCGAUGGGUGUGUUGAAUCGAAUAGGCAUGAAGACAGAUGUAUUGAUGUGUUCUGGAGUUUUGAUUGCUUUACUUGUACUCGUAUCAAUCAUUAAAAUGUUCAAAAAUCGAUACUACAUAUUAUUUUCCAUGCAUACAUGCUGGCGCUACAUUCGUUAUUCAUUUUUAACGAUGAACUACGUUUUGACUAUUCUUUUUGUAAUAACAGUGUAUGUUGAGAUACCUGAAGAUCAAGAGUUUGCAAGAAGUGUGUUGUUUAAGAAUAAUCCUGAGCUACUACAAUAUGAUAUACCGGAAUCGCCAAUUCUAGUGAUAGCAUGGUCCAAUUUUCGAAUGAUUUAUCGACAACUCCUUUUCACAGCCUUAUUUCUCUCCGAGCUUAUUGUAUUUACAGUUCUUAUCCGGUUGAAUAUGCAGAAAGCCAUAUCUGAGAUACGGUCUUCAGCGUCUUGUAAAACGUUCAAAAUACACAGGAAUUUUAUGAAAAGUUUGAAUAUGCAGAUCGCUGUACCCAUUGUGGUCAUUUGUAUUCCAUCAUUUUUCGGUUUAGCAGUACCAUUCCUCCAAGGAAAUACGCAGGGCGCGAUUAAUUUUAUUUAUAUAAUUGUAUCAACACAUGGAGCACUAUCGACAUUGAUCAUGGUAUAUUUACAAAAGUCGUAUAGGGAAGCAGUUGUUCAGAUUGUUGGUUGUAACAGGAAAAUGGAGGAAAAUAUUAGAACUGUGAUGCCGAAGGCCUUUUAG